AUGGUUAAUCUUCAAAAAUCCUUUAUUCGCUUUAGUACUAAUGUUCCGGAUGAUUAUCGGGAUUACUUGGCAACUUCUAUGCAUUUGAGGGUGGAAUCUUCUAUUGGUUCUUAUCUGGGUCUUCCGGUUGAUAUUGGUAGACACAAAUGUAAAGCUUUUCAGCCUUUAAUAGAUAAGGUUGCUAAUCGAUUGAGUGGAUUCGCUUCCCUUCAUCUUUCGUCUGCUGCUAAAUUGGUCAUAAUCAAUUAUGUGCUUGUGACUUCUUUCAAUCAUAUUUUGUCUGUUUUGAAGAUUCCUUCCACAGUCAUAGACAAAAUUAAUAAUCUUUUUCUUAGGUUUUGGUGGAAAUCUACUCCCCACUCUAGAGGUAUUGCUAUGGCUCCCUCUUCUGUCCUUUAUAGGCCUAAGGGUCUUGGAGGUCUUGGUCUUCGCCAUUUGGGUUUUUUCAACUCUGCUUUGUUGGCAAAGCAAGCCUGGCGUGUCAUGCAUAAUCCUCAGCUUCUUGUUUCUCGUAUUUUCCAUGCGAAGUAUCCUUAUCUCAUGGAUCACAGUUUCCUUUCUAGACUCUCUCGCCCUUCUUGGGCGGCUAAAAUUCUGAGUUUGGAGCGGCCGACCCAGUUAAUGGAUGAUUUCGUCUACUGGAAAUUUUCUAAAGAUGGGAAUUUUUCUACCAAAUCAGCCUAUGCUACUCUUAUUCAGGGCUCGACUCUUGCAGCUUCUGAUGGGAGUUCCGAGACGAUCGAUCAUUUAUUUUUACAUUGUCCGUUUACUCGUCGACUUUGGAGAUGUGGUCCUUUGGGUAUUCAUCUUCCACCUGAGAAUUUCCCCUCUUUUGCCCUUUGGUUCUCCACCUUGAUUACCCUCUCUUCGAGUCAUGGGAAUUGGAGUAAUCUGGAUUUUAUUUUAGCUUUUACCUGGGCUAUUUGGAGUUGUAGGAAUGGUGUUCGAUUUAAGGACUUGGCUCCUGAUCCUCUAUGUGUGUUUCGGAUUGCUCAAGAGUGGAAAUCUCGAAGUUCUUCAGUCAGGGAAUUGGAUGUUGAGGAUAUUUCUCCUCCUCCUGGUUUUCAUCCUCGACCUCUCUUGGUUAUCCUCUGUGGUCAUUUUAGUGACCAAAAUGUCGUUGAUUUACUCUUUGAUGGGGCUUGGGAUUCUACUGAUUGUAGAGCUGGUACGGGUUGGUGUUUUUAUCAGGCAGAUAUUUCUCAAUGUCUUGGGGGUGGAGCACAGGCGUGCUUUGCUCUUUCAGCCAUUCAAGAAGAAUUGUUUGCUUGUCUUUUGGCUUUGAGGAUGGCGCAGAAUCGUGGUUUUACUCAACUUCGAAUUCAUACUGACUGUUUGGGUGUCUUCUUCAGUCUUCGGGAUCAUUGCUCAAAAGACAUCUCUGCUAGUUGGAUUCAUCAGCAGAUUGAGGAUAUUAUUCCUCUCUUUUCAGCCUGUUCUAUCCAGAAGGCUACCAUGGACUUUAUUAGGCCUGCUCAUGAGCUAACGGUUUCAGCUAGGAAACGUCAUUCUCUUUAUCUUUCCUUCUAG